AUGGCGGGGCAGAAGUUGCUGGACAGCAUGGUCCUGACCCCUGACCAGCCCUCCCCCUCCGGCUCCGGGCACCCCCACCUCGCCCGGAUCGGGAUCGCCUAUGUCGACUCUGGACGCGGCGUGGUGGCCGCUGAACCCUGUCUCGCGCCGGACUACCUCCCCGCCGGCCUAUUACCCUACCUUACCUCGCUGAUUUACUCCACCAGAUCCCCGACGACCUCGCCGAUCUAUUCCCCCACCUCGCCGAUCUAUUCUCCCACCUCGCCUCGCCAUUAUUGCUCCAGCUGGACGGACGAUUCCCCACCCCCACCCUCACCGGUUUACUGCACGGUCCAUUCCCCCACCUCGCCUAAUUAUUGCCCGGACGAAGAAUUCAACAAGUGGGGUAGUCAUACAUCUCCGGCGCCGGGUUCACCCGUCUAUUGCCACACCCAGACCUCACCGAUUCAUGGCAACUGCUCAACGGCGGCCGACUCCCCCACCGCGCCAGGUUACUGCCCUGGAGAAUUCAACGAUCAUGCAUCUCCGGCUCUGCUGGGAUCGCCAGCCUACUACCCCAUCUCGCCAGGUCAUUUUCCAGAAGAAUUCAACGAUGUUUGGGAAGACAUAACUCUGGCGGACAAGGUCGUGCUGGAUGUCUUUUUUUAG